AUGGAGCCCAAUAGCAAUAACAUCAUUUCAGGCAUCCCCGGGAGAUGCAUCAACAAUGCCUGGGUAUGUGAUGGAGAUGUCGACUGUGAGGAUCAGUCUGAUGAAGAAGACUGUGACAGUUUCUUGUGUGCACCACCCAAGUACCCUUGUGCUAAUGACACCGCGGUGUGCCUGCAGCCAGAGAAACUCUGCAAUGGGAAAAGGGACUGUCCGGAUGGGUCAGAUGAAGGCGACCUUUGUGAUGAAUGUUCGCUGAACAACGGAGGCUGUAGCAACCAUUGUUCUGUUGUUCCUGGAAGAGGAAUUGUCUGCUCCUGCCCCGAAGGACACCAACUCAAAAAAGACAAUAGAACCUGUGAAAUUGUGGACUAUUGUGCCUCCCACCAGAGGUGCAGCCAAGUGUGUGAGCAGCACAAACACAUGGUCAAGUGCUCCUGUUAUGAAGGCUGGACAUUGGGUGUGGAUGGAGAAACCUGCACCAGCGUGGAUCCUUUUGAGGCAUUCAUCAUCUUUUCUAUACGCCACGAGAUUCGGAGGAUUGAUCUGCAUAAAGGAGACUAUAGUCUACUUGUUCCUGGACUGAGAAACACCAUAGCACUUGAUUUUCACUUCAAUCAAAGUUUACUUUAUUGGACAGAUGUUGUAGAAGACAGAAUAUACAGGGGCAAACUUUCAGAGAAUGGAGGUGUCAGUGCCAUAGAAGUGGUUGUGGAACAUGGCUUGGCUACUCCAGAAGGCCUGACUGUUGACUGGAUAGCAGGCAACAUAUACUGGAUUGACAGCAAUCUGGACCAAAUUGAAGUAUCUAAACUUGAUGGUUCUCUGAGAGCUACAUUGAUAGCAGGAGCCAUGGAACAUCCCAGGGCCAUUGCACUGGACCCAAGAUACGGAAUUCUUUUCUGGACAGACUGGGAUGCCAAUUUCCCUCGAAUUGAAUCUGCCUCUAUGAGUGGUGCUGGGAGAAAAACUAUCUAUAAAGACAUGAAAACUGGGGCAUGGCCUAAUGGACUGACUGUGGACCACUUUGAAAAAAGGAUAGUUUGGACAGAUGCCAGGUCAGAUGCUAUUUACUCAGCCUUCUAUGAUGGAACAAACAUGAUAGAAAUUAUCAGAGGACAUGAGUACCUGUCACAUCCCUUUGCUGUGUCUUUGUAUGGGAGUGAGGUAUACUGGACAGACUGGAGAACCAACACACUGGCCAAAGCCAACAAGUGGACAGGGCAUAAUGUCACUGUGAUUCAGAAGACCAGUGCACAGCCUUUUGACCUUCAGAUAUACCAUCCCAGUCGACAGCCACAAGCUUCCAAUCCUUGUGCAGCCAAUGAGGGUAGAGGCCCCUGCUCUCACCUUUGCCUCAUCAAUCAUAAUAGGAGUGCAGCCUGUGCCUGCCCCCACCUGAUGAAGCUUUCUUCCGACAAAAAGACCUGCUAUGAAAUGAAAAAGUUUCUUCUUUAUGCAAGACGUUCUGAGAUCCGAGGAGUGGACAUUGACAAUCCAUAUAUGAACUUCAUCACGGCCUUCACUGUCCCUGAUAUUGACGAUGUUGCUGUAAUAGACUUUGAUGCCUCUGAGGAACGCCUGUACUGGACAGACAUCAAAACGCAAACCAUAACUCGGGCUUUCAUUAAUGGAACAGGGCUAGAAACAGUUAUUUCAAGAGAUAUUCAGAGCAUCAGAGGGUUAGCGGUGGACUGGGUUUCACGUAAUUUAUACUGGAUUAGCUCAGAAUUUGAUGAAACACAAAUUAACGUGGCCAGGCUAGACGGCUCUUUGAAAACCUCAAUUAUCCACGGAAUCGAUAAGCCACAAUGUCUGGCAGCUCACCCAGUCAGGGGGAAACUAUACUGGACAGAUGGAAAUACAAUAAACAUGGCAAAUAUGGAUGGGAGUAACAGCAAGAUUCUCUUUCAGAACCAAAAGGAACCAGUUGGUCUCUCAAUAGACUAUGUGGAGAAUAAGCUUUAUUGGAUCAGUUCUGGAAAUAGAACCAUAAACCGAUGCAACCUGGAUGGUGGUAAUUUAGAAGUAAUAGAGUCAAUGAAAGAAGAAUUAAAAAAAGCUACAGCCUUAACCAUCAUGG